AUGGAUAAUAUUCCUUAUGCUUCUUUAGUCAAGAGUUUGAUGUAUACUCAGUCCUAUACUAAGUUGGAUAUAAGCUUUGCGGUUGGUAUGUUGGGUUGUUAUAAAUCAAAUCAUGGACUGGUUCAUUGGAGAGCUGCAAAUAAAGUUUUAAGGUACUUGCAAGGCACUAAGGAUCACAUGCUUACAUAUAGAACUAGUAACCUUGAGGUUGUUGGUUACUCAGACUCGGACUAUGUCGGAUGUUCAGAUACCCGAAAGUCUACAUUCGACUAUAUGUUUCUUCUAGCUGAUAGAGCUGUCUCAUGGAAGAGUGGCAUCGUUGGUACCAUUGCUAAACUGAUGAAGAUGUAUUAUGAUAAUGCGGUGGCUAUAUUAUUCUCUAAGAAUGAUAGAUACUCCAAGGGUUCCAAGCAUAUGAAUUUAAAGUAUCUAUUUGUCAAAGAAGAUGUGCAAAAUCAAAGAGUUCAAAUAGUACAUAUUGACACCAAUGAUAUGAGUACGGAUCCAUUGACUAAAGGACUAACUCCUAAAACAUUUAUUGGUCAUGUUAGUGAAAUGGGAGUAGUCGCGAAGUCAUUGUAUAGCAGAUGA